UGUCCAGGCUAUUAUCACCCUGCACUGCAAAUGCCCAGAUUUUUUUUCUCUUAAGACCGAGGACGGUCAACAGAAACUGCUACCUAUUUUUUUGGAUGAGACAGUUCUAACGCAGUAAUGACUUCAGCCGUGAUCUCCUCUGUUCCCACCACUGCAUCCAGAUUUGCCUUGCUGCAAGUGGACAGUGACAGUGACUCUGACUCUGAGCCUGGGAAGGGGAAAGGUGGUCGGGAUGCAGGCAAAUCCCGGACUGGGAAAGCAUCUGGGAGCAAAUCUAACAACAAUGAGAAGAAAAAAGAAAAGAGAAAGAAGAAAAAAGAGCAACUGCAAAGUGAAGCCAAUGAGUUGCGAAGUCUGGCGUUUAAAAAGCUUCCUCAGAAGUCAUCCCUGGCAGCAUCAGGCCUCAGCCUUCAGAACAUUGCUGCAGAUCUGGUCCACCACAGCACAGCAGAGCACCAGGCACCGGGACCCAACUGGCAGCAGUGGAAGCAAAGGGAUGAACAGUUAACAAGUGAACUAUAUGAAACAGAUCUUGAAAAGGCAUUGAUUUUAAGCAAACUGGAAUAUGAAGAGCACAAGAAGGAGUAUGAAAACGUUGGAACUACAUCGCCAAAAUCCAAAAGUGGGGGCAAAAAAGACAAAAAAAAAAUCCAUCAAGGUAAAGACAAACCAGUUAGAGUGUCCUUAAAAGAUUUCCAGACAGAAGAAAAUAUAGGGCACCUUAAUAAAAAACAAGAGGAACUAAAACCUGUGACUGUACCAACCUCGGAUGACCGAUUUUUUAACAAGUUGGAAGAUGAUGUGAGCAAAAUAUUGCUGAAAGAGAAGAGAAGAGAACAACUAACCAGCUUCGGUGGAAUAGAAAACUGUGCAUCCAAUGACCAGGAACCGGAUGUUAGAACAGAACAACUCAAAUAUGAACUGGAAAAAAAAGACUUGGAGAUAGAAAAAUUAAAGGUGGUUAUUUCACAGUGGGAGACUAAGUACAAGGAAGUAAAAGCAAGAAAUUCACAGCUGCUGAAGAUGCUUCAGCUAGGGGAGAUGAAGGAUAAAGCGGAAAUACUUCUGCAGGUUGAUGAAUUGAUGAAUAUCAAGCAGGAGUUAUCAACGCAGGUCAAUUCAUUACAUGUAGCCCUCGAACAAGAAAAAUCUAAAGUGAAGGGCUUACAAUCUGAUCAGCCAAAACAUCAGGGCAACAAGAAAGGUAAAAAGAACUCUGAGUCUGAUAUAUGAAGACUUAUAAGGGACAAAGCUGAUGGCAAAAAACAACCUUUGUUCAGGGUUUCCUCAUCAUGUAUACUGUACAUAAUUCAUACACCAUAUAACUGAAGCAUUUAAUGCAGUCUGGACUAUUUACUGUAAAUGCUUGAAUAAACACUUUGUUGCAUUUUUGUUAACCAAUGAAUUCUACAAGUAAAAUCUACCAACGUUACCAAAUGCAAAAUGUAAUUGUUUUUUUUUUUGUUUGUUUAAAUGCCAAAACCUGUAUUGCAGUGUUUUUCAUUAGCAAGUAAAUAAAGUUUACUUUUCCAAUGA